GGCCGGCAGGGGGCGGCAGGGGGCAGUGCAGCUCUACACUGUUUAACUCUUGACUUUGAGCAGAGCGGGACACUUUGUUUUUAUUUCACAUAUAAAUAAUGAAAUACCCUUAAACAGUUUUGAGACGUCUCUGCGUGUCUUUAAUCUCCUCUGUGCGAGACCACGUGAUCCUCAUGGAGCCUGAUCACAGCUGGGACCAGGAGCUCAGGCUGGUGCUCAUAGGAAACACUGGAUCUGGUAAAAGUGCAUCUGGAAACACCAUUUUAGGCCAUCAACAGUUUGCCUCCAGGACCAGUGCCAGCUCUGUCACCCAGGUGUGUGAGCUGGGCAGUGUGGAGCUGUGUGAAGAGCAGGAGGAGCCAUGUCCCCUGGAGACGCUCAAGAGGAAAAUGCCAAGACUGAGGAGCAUCCAGGUGGUGGACAUGCCCGGCUUUGGAGACACUUGCCUUAGCGAAGAACAGAUUUACUCUGAAAUAGCCAAAUGUGUGUCUCUCUCUGCUCCUGGGCCUCAUGCCUUUCUCCUGGUCGUCCCGAUCGGCAGAUACACUGACAGUGAGAACCAGGCGGCCAAUGAAGUCGCCAGGAUCUUUGGAGAAGAUGCACUCCGUCACCACACUGUUGUUCUUUUCACCAGAGGUGACGACUUGGAGGGUGUUGACAUUGAAACGUAUCUGAAUGACACGGCACCAGCUCGGCUUAAGCUUUUGAUUGAUCUCUGUGGAGGAAGGUAUCACGUAUUAAACAACAGAGAUCCCAGUAACAGGGCUCAGGUUAAAGAGCUCAUCGUCAAGGUUGACACGAUGCGGCGUGACAGAGGAUUUUAUACAAACUCUGUCUUCCUCAAAGCAGAAGAGGCCAUUAGAGAGGAGGAGAAAAGACUGAUAAAAGAGAGAGGUCAAACAGAGGGAGGUGAAACACUGAGGAAUGACGUGAUCAGAGAAAAAGCUGCACAUCCUAAAAGACAGAAGUGUGAAAGCGAGCACAGAAGUGUAGUGAGACCUGCAGGUGGAUUACAAAGGCUCAGAAUGGGAGGUCUGGAUGAUGUGGGGGAACAAUGGAUCAAUGAGGGCAGGAGCCAGGGUUUUAGGUUUUGGAGAGGCAGGGGUCAGAGACACUCUCUGCGUUCUUCUUUAGCACAAAUAAGGAGGGAGGCUGCUCUCUCUCCAGUGGUUGUAGAGAGAAUUAGGAUUCUAGUUGCUGCUGGAGCUACAGGCCUGGCAGUGGGGGCAAUAUUUGGAGCAGCUGCCCCUUUAUCAGCUGCAGUAGGGGCCUCUUUAUUGGGAAACUCAGUCAGUCUGACGGUAGGUCAGCUCGCUGGCAUUUCAGCUGCAGGAGGAGCUGGUGUGGGGAAAACUGUGGGGGCCAUAGUGGCAGCAGCCUCUGGAAAGGCUGCGGUGGCUGUGGGAGCGGCCACAGGCGGACUGCUGGGUGGAUCUGUUGGGUCUGUUGUGGGGGCAGAGGCUUCCAGUCCCCGGGAGGGGGCACAUGAGGCCCUGAGGCAGGUGGGUGUGCUUGGCAUGGCUGCAGUGGGAGUGGCAGCAGGUGUCGGCAGCGCUUUAGGCGCUGGUGCAGCUUUGGGAGUAGCACUAGAGGCGGGAAGUGAAACUGUCAUUGGUGGAGCUGCCUCGGCUGUUGGGGUAGGGUUAUCUAACGCAUCAUCACUGGCCCAGGCCGGUUUAGUGGCAGGACAACAAGCUCUGCCUCCGAGCGCAGCAGCUUUAGCUCAGGACGUGGCUGCGAGUGUCCCUGGUUUGACUAAACCAGCAGAGGCAGCUGUCAUGUUAGCAGAGUCCAGUGUGUCUGCAGCGGUCAGCAGUGUCGUGACCAACACCUGCAGCACUGUUUCAGUGGCCAGUCAACUGUUGAGUGCAGUCGCUGAAAUCAGCAAAGCUGCAGCGGGCAUCGCCCUGGCUGGUGGCCUUGUGGUAAAAGUGGUAAAAGAAAAAAUCAGGGGUAACACAGGGAUGGCUGAGGCCCGUUACUCUGAGAAAUCAUCUGUGGAGAUUUACUGGAACAGUCAACGUUAACCAUAAAAUCAAAUAUUGAAUCUUUCUUACUACUUUUUGCUGUGUAAAGUUUUCUUCCAAAUUGCUGAAUAAAUGCCUUAUUAUCCAUCAG